AUCUUUGUUCCACUGAAAACAACCAUGCUCUUCCUCAGUGUCCUCCUCAACUUGGUUCAGAUGAACUCCAGACUGCUGAUACCUACAAACACAGUAAAUACGUGUGAGGGGUCUGUCCUGCAUCUCAAUUGUGACACAGGUACGAUUCACAUAACUGCUGCAAACUAUGGACGUACAGACAAAAUCACCUGCUCUGCAGGACGUCCAUUUAAUGAGGUUCAAUACACCAACUGCCAUACACCCAGUGCACUGGCUAUUGUGUCACAAAGCUGCAAUGGCCGGAAAAUUUGUGAUGUUUCUGCAACAAAUGAAGUCUUCACUGAUCCCUGCUUCGGGACAUACAAGUACCUUUCAACUCUCUAUUCUUGCAGGCUAUCUCUAAUACGUUCAGUUACAGCCUGCGAAGGUACAAAUGCUGUCCUGAAAUGCGGGGUAGGAUCUUACAUACAGGUUGAAAGCACUAACUACGGCCGAACUGAUAGCAGCACAUGCUCUGCUGGACGACCUGCUUCUCAACUUACCAAGACGAACUGCUUCAGCUCAACUUCAGACGCAGUGGUUGCUGAUGCAUGUAAUCGAAAGAACACAUGCACAGUAUCAGCCUCCAACGAUGUCUUCGGGGAUCCGUGUUACGUCACAUACAAGUACCUGUACAUCACCUACAGCUGCGGGUCUGGAAGUGCUCGGUUAUGAUCUUCUGGAUUUGGACUCUUUAUUCUCUGCCAGCAUCUGAAACAUAAUCAAUGUAUUAAAUAGUCAAGUUUAUAUGUAUAAUAGCAUAUGAUGUUUGGCGUCUUUGGAAUAUUUGUAAUAAACGUAGUUUGGUGCAGGUG